GCCCCCGCGGCAGUCGCGUGGUCCCCGCGCGUCUCCAUAUUGCGGCGGCGGCAGGGGGGGCGGGCAGCGCGGCGGCCGGGGCUCGGGGGCGCCGCGUGCGAGGGGAGUUCCCCGGCGGGGCGGGGGCGCGCAGAUGGCGACGCAGGUGGAGGCGCUGCUGCCCGGCGCCCCGCUGCUGGCCGCCGAGGAGCGCGCCCUGGUGCUGAAGCCGCCGCAGGACGGCGGCCGGGAGAAGGGCGAGUCGUCCAUGGGCCCCGACGGCGGUCCCGGGGCGCCGCGGCCGCCCAGCGCCAAGCAGCAGAAGGAGGAGAGCAACAACCAGGAGAAGGAGAGCCUGCUGAGGGCGGGCGGCGAGGCGGAGGACGGCGGCGAGGCGGGCGGCGCGGGGCGCCGGGAGUUCAUCGAGGCCCCGCCGCCCAAGGUGAACCCCUGGACGAAGAACGCCCCCGCCGCCGCGCCGGCGGUGAACGGGCAGUCGCCUCCAGAUAUAUUUCCACCUGAUGGCCAGUCUGAACACACAACUCCUGCGAAAGUGGUGAGGGCUGCCAACCCAAGACAGCGGAAAGGGAGCAAGGUUGGUGAUUUCGGUGAUGCCACGAAUUGGCCAACACCUGGAGAAAUAGCCCACAAGAGCGUCCAGCAGCCGCACAAGGCGUCAUCCCUUCGGAAACUGCCCGUCAAGAAAGACAUGAAAGAGCAGGAGAAAGGGGAUGGGAGCGAUGGCAAAGAGAGCCUGAAAACCAAAUCAGAUGAGUCCGGGGAGGAGAAGAAUGGUGACGAUGACAACCAGAAGUCAGCACAGAAGAAGAAAGGCAACAAACACAAGUGGGUCCCUUUGCAGAUAGACAUGAAGUCAGAGGUGCCUAGGGACAAAACGGCCUCUCGGAACAACCGGCAAAAUGAGCAGCACAGGCACCCCUCCAACAACCGCGGCGAGCUGAAAGGCUGGCACCCGGACAACAAGCACGAGCGCAGCUGGCAGGACCACGAUGAAACCUCCAGCGUGAAAAGCGAGGGAGGAGCUGUGCGAGGCGCUUUCCGGGGCCGAGGCCGGGGCCGUGGCAGGGGCCGGGGCCGUGGCAGAGGAGGUGAAGGCAGCCACUUUGACUACCAGUAUGGGUACCGGAAAUUCGAGGGCUCGGAUGCCUCCCGCACUCAGAAGUACGCUAGCAACAUCACUUACUACUUUGACAACAUCAGCAGCGCCGAGCUCUACAGCGUGGACCAGGAACUGCUCAAAGACUACAUCAAGCGGCAGAUAGAGUAUUACUUCAGCGUGGACAACCUGGAGCGAGACUUCUUCCUCCGUCGCAAGAUGGACUCGGAUGGCUUCCUUCCCAUCACCCUGAUCGCCAGCUUCCACCGGGUGCAGGCCCUGACCACUGACAUCAGCCUCAUCAUCAAGGCUCUGAAGGACAGCAAGGUAGUAGAAAUUGUGGAUGAGAAGAUCAGGAGAAAAGAACAGCCAGAAAAAUGGGCUCUGCCUGGCCCUCCUAUGGCAGACUACACGCAGACAGACUUCUCGCAGUUCAUCAACUGCCCUGAGUUUGUGCCCCGGCAAAGCUUCCAGAAAGAGACAGAGUCUGCUCCUGGCUCGCCACGUCCCACCAGCCCGGUCCCCACCAAAACAGAGGAGGUCAGUAACCUGAAGACAAUGCCCAAGGGCCUGUCUGCAAGUCUGCCAGACCUGGAUUCAGAGACAUGGAUUGAAGUGAAGAAGAGACCUCGGCCCUCCCCAGCCAGGCCCAAGAAACCAGAGGAGUCAAAGACACCGCAGCAGCAGAAGCAAAAGGACCAAGAUGAACCUGAGGAACUAGACUUCCUCUUUGAUGAGGAGAUGGAGCAAAUGGAUGGCCGCAAGAACACCUUCACCGACUGGUCAGAUGAAGAUUCGGAUUAUGAAAUCGAUGAUCGGGACGUGAACAAGAUUCUCAUCGUGACACAGACGCCUCCUUACCUGCGCCGGCAUCCUGGUGGGGACCGGACUGGCAACCACACAUCCAGGGCUAAAAUGAGCUCAGAGCUGGCCAAGGUGAUCAACGAUGGGCUGUACUACUACGAGCAGGACCUGUGGACAGAGCAGUUUGAGCCAGAGUAUUCACAGAUCAAGCAAGAAGUAGAGAACUUCAAGAAAGUGAAUAUGAUCAGCAGGGAGCAGUUUGACACCCUGACUCCAGAGCCCCCUGUGGAUCCAAACCAGGAAGUCCCUCCUGGUCCCCCCAGGUUCCAGCAAGUACCUACAGAUGCUUUGGCUAACAAGUUGUUUGGAGUCCCUGAGCCUUCAACCAUUGCCCGGUCUCUGCCUACAACUGUACCAGAAUCACCCAACUACCGCAACGCCAGGACCCCCCGGACCCCUCGCACACCUCAGCUAAAGGACCCAACGCAGACGCCCCGUUUCUACCCGGUGGUGAAAGAGGGCAGGACGAUAGAUGCCAAGACUCCGCGGAAGAGGAAGACACGGCACAGUUCAAACCCCCCGAUGGAAUGCCACGUGGGCUGGGUGAUGGACUCUCGGGAGCACAGGCCCCGAACUGCCUCCAUCAGCUCCAGCCCCUCAGAGGGAACCCCGGCCGUCGGAAGCUACGGCUGCACCCCGCAGUCCCUGCCCAAGUUCCAGCAUCCUUCGCACGAGCUGCUCAAGGAAAACGGCUUCACGCAACACGUCUACCACAAGUACCGUCGGCGCUGCCUUAACGAGAGGAAACGACUGGGCAUUGGUCAGUCCCAGGAGAUGAACACGCUUUUCCGGUUCUGGUCCUUCUUCCUCCGAGAUCACUUCAACAAGAAAAUGUAUGAGGAGUUCAAGCAACUGGCUGUGGAGGAUGGGAAGGAGGGAUACAGGUACGGUCUGGAGUGCCUUUUCAGAUAUUACAGCUAUGGGCUGGAGAAGAAAUUCCGGCCAGACAUAUUUAAGGACUUUCAAGAAGAGACCAUCAAGGAUUAUGAAGCUGGACAGCUCUAUGGGCUGGAAAAGUUCUGGGCCUUCUUAAAAUAUUCCAAAGCCAAAAAUCUGGACAUUAACAGCAAACUGCAAGAAUACCUCAGCAAGUUCAAGCGCCUUGAGGACUUCCGAGUGGAUCCACCCAUGGGGGAGGAAGGUGGACACAAGAGAUACCCUACAACGUCAGGGGGAGAUGGCAGGAAGCGCUACCCAUCCCAGUCUUCCAGCAAAACGGUCAGCCAGUGCCCAUCCAGCCAAGCCCACACCUUGCCCAGCCAGCCUGCACAAGAGGAUGCCAAAAACCUGAGCCAGCAAUCCCCUGCCCCCUCGGCUGCAGAACCGCAGACAGUGGGGAAGUAGAGAGGCUGCAGUGUCCGCCUCCUGCGGGGGACAGGGUGGGUUGGUGGGGGACUGGUUCAGAGAAGGGGAGACAUGAGGGGGGUGGGACAGGAAGGGAGCUGGAAGGUGGGUGCCCAGGAAUAGGCUGCUCGGGAGAAACUUCAACGCACACGAUUUUUUCUCUUGGGGCUGGAAAGCAAAGACGAUCUGCAUCUGAAACACCAUUUUGCUAUUACAACCCUGACCAGAGCCAGACCCACCCUUCGCUUUCCCUUCCCUCCCCUCCUGUGCGCACACUCAUGUCUUAGAGUCUCUUCAAAACGAAAAAGUUCUGGCUGGGUUGGGAAGGGGAGAUUUUUUUUUUUAAUUAUUAUAUAUAUAUAUCAAGUUUUAAAUUAUUGCUAGAAGUUCGUCUGGAUUUACCAAAACAAGUCUGCUCUGUGUGGCCCCAACAACCCCCCCCCUGCGUCCCACUCGGAUCACGGGGCAGCCUGCUCAGGAAGCUCGGAGGAGCGAGGUUCCCCAGCGGGGGACCGAAGCUGCAGCAUGUCACAAUGCUGUGGAGCCUCUGAUUUCCGUGACCUUGGCUGACAUCUCCCAUUCCACGUGUGGUGGUGCCUCCCCGGCACUGACUGCUGCGACAGGAGCAUCGUCCUGUUCGUUCUUCUGGUCCCUUCUCUCCAGCGUCUUCACCUCCAACCUUCCCGAGGGUCUGGCUCUCCCUCCACCCGCCUCUCCCUUCCAUCAUGGACAAUUUGGAAGUCAACCAAAGGACCUUUGCCAACAAUAGGCUUGUUCUGAUUCCUUCCUGUGAAGGGUGGCUGGUGGGAGGUCAGCAGGCACCCGGACUCAAGCCUGCAUGGACGAUGCACCUGCUACCCCAGAACACCCAUCGCAUGCAAAGACAGGACUUUGCCGAAGAAGGUUUUCUCUUCCUUUUCCCUUGGAAAAACAAAACAAACAAAAAAAUUCUAAAACAACAAAAAAAACUCUUUAAAAAAGACACUUCUCCCUUUGCUUUCUUCCUUGGAAAUAUUAUUGAAGAAAAAAAAAAAAAAACCAAACAAAAAAAAACAAACAAAAAAAAGAAAACACGCAAAAAAAAGUUGCCUUAUGGUGGAGCUAGACCAGGGGCGCUCGCUGGCUUCCCGUAGGCUGGGGUGUGCUGGGCUCUUGCCCACCCCGGCCCAGAGACUCCUCCUGGCGUUGCUGCCGAGCUGAUCUUCCCUGCGGCCUUUCUUGUGACCCUGCAGCUCCCUCGGAUGCCUCCCCCAUCGCAGAGACCCCCCACCCGCCCUGAUUCUCCUGGGGGAAGGUGCCGAGGGCAGUCAAAUCCAAGACUUGCGCUCACGCAGUAGCUGAAGCCGCUACGUUGUGUAUAUACCAUUGUAGCAUCUUCUCCCUGACAGUGACUGUACGUGCUUGUGGCCUCUCUCGGAGCCCCUGUGCAGUCUCGGGGCAGGGGGUGGAUCGAUUCUGCGCCUCCAGCAUGGUCACGGGCUGAGCAGGGAGAUGAUCACAGCAGCUGAAGGGACUGGUCCUUGCUGUGAGCACUUGGGAGGGCUGGCGUGUUGCCGGUGUCACUUAACACUGUAGCGUGACAAGGCAGCGAUGCAGCCCCAAGGAACCUGUCUCUCCCAGCUGUCACUAGCCCCAGGACUCGUGCUAGGUGCGAGCAGGAGACCUGCCCGGCAAAGGACAGCUCUGGUCUGGGUGUCCUUGUGCGUUGUCUUGGCAGGUGGCUGUGCAGAGUCUCCUGUUCAGGGCAGCGUCCCUGCGCGUCUCCAGGGCUGAGAACACCCUAUUGCUAAGUGGGGGUGAGGGGAUGGUUGCAGAGCUGCUGUGGUGUUUACUGGGUUCCUCUACCCAGACCGGGUAAGCUUUGGCAGACGAACCCUCCCCCGGCUUGUGAGCUGCGUUCCCUCACAGGGAGCGUGUGUCUGCUGGAGGGUGAGGUGGUGCUGAAAGUCGCGCUCCUGCCGUAAGGGUAGAAGCUUUUUCAGACAGAGCCAUUGGCCUUGCUGCUGCUCCAUCCCCUGGGUUGGAGUACCUGUUCGUGGCUCCAGUACCCCAUCCUCAUGAGCUGCAGAGCGUUUUGCAUGCAGUGCAGAGCAGGCACCACCACGGGCUACUAAAAAAUGCAGCUAAGUGCAUUACUCUCUCUGCAAAACCACAAGCUGGGAGCAACCGGUGUUUUCCUGAAGUCUCCAGCUGAUCCAGCACUGUGUCCCAUGGCUGGCAGGAGUUGCCUCUCCAGGGCUGUCCCUGUUGGGCUGCAGGUCUGGUGGAUCAGAGCCGCCGGGAGCAGAGAUUGAGAGGGCGACCUUGCGCAAGCUGCUGAUCAGCAACGGCUGCGGAUGCUCGCAGGGCCCUGCCUGAAGUUACUGCCUUCCUGAACUGAGACCAUGUCCAAGAUGCUGCUUGAGCAGGCGUGGGGGCAAGGUCCAUGUGGAGGGAGCUGCAUGACCUGCUGCUGGAAUGGAAAGCACAGCUGGGUUUGGGUAAGACUGGGUGGCUGCUGCUUUGCUGUUUGCUGGUGGUGUGAUCCUGCCAUGGUCUGUCCAGCCCUUCUACGUCACCCUGCGGCUCAGUACCACUCGGAGGCCCUGUUUCGGUGUGACAGCCUGCCGGAGUCCACAGCUUGCUCCGUUACAGCUUUGAUCUGGGGCUGCAGGGUGGUACCUGGGCAAGUAACACCUGUGCAGUGCUGUGGCCGUGACUGUUAUCUCUGGAUUUCUCCUCUCGUGAGCCGGAUCUCUGAGGUUACAGAUGCGGUUGGGUUUGCCCCAGAUUUGGGAAGAAGGAGCCUUGAGAUAGGGGUUGAUGAAGGAUUUCAGAGGUGCGUUGCUGGUUGUUUGCAAGUGGAAGCAGGUCUGGAUGUGCCGGCGCGUGGUCCUUGCUGCUGUGUCCCUGUGCUCUCGUUGGUGUGUGUUCUCUUUUGAAGCCAAUUGUCUGCGUUUUAGCAACAAAUUAGAUAGGAAAUGAGGAGGAACGAGCUCUUCUGAGGGACAACUGCUGCUGUGGGGUUGUUGCUUGUGGAGCAGACUGUGGAAUUGCUUGGGUGGUAGAAAGAGGUAAGACAUUUCCCAGAGAAUUUCCCCAAACCAGAAUUGAUUUUAAAUUAUUUUGUAAUUUCUAAAGCUGAGGCUCUGGUCUUGGCAUGGAAGAGUUUUCCCCCUCUGCUGAGUCAGUGGUUUGUCACAUCAGUGUGGCUGAGGGCAUGGCCUGAAACUCCCCCGAUUCCCAGCGGCAGGUGGGUCAGAAGAGCAAUCCCAGCCACCCCUCCAGAUUUGUGGACUGUGUGCCUUGUUUUGCCCCCUGUUGGGCAGCAGCGUAGCCAGACAGUGAAGGGCAGAGGGACGUGACACCCGAGGCAGCUGUUGCCUGCUCCUGCCUGUUGUGGAAGGAACACGGGGCCAUUCGCUCCUGCGGGGCCGGCAAGGGCAGGAGCUCAGUGCUCCAGUUUUGGGGCAGCACCCCGCACCCCAGGCAGCAGCGGGGGUCCUGGUGAGGCCAGGGCUGUGGGACAUGUGGUCCAUGCAGGCUGAGGAGGGGACGGAUGUGAUGAUUUCCCUGUCCUCUUGCUGCAUACAGAGGCAUUGCAUAGGGCUUGCUCCACCACUGAGCAGAGAUGCCUGUCCAGAGAGGGGCUUUGUUUUUGAGGAAGCUCUUGUCCUCCUGCUGAGGAGGGAGUUUGGCCUUGCUUUUAGCUUGGAUGCUUCACCACGAUCAUGUUUUGUGUAUUUUUUUUUAUUAUUUUAUUUUAGUGGUGUGAAUGGUCAGGCACAUGUACUCCUGUGAACACCAAUCCAUCCCAGCGCUGGCACGGCCUCAGGGGCCCCGGCUGCUUUCGGCAAGGUUGGGGGGCACUCCCCAUCUCACCCCUGUUUUCGAGACAUCCCAGGCUACUACAGCCGGGACAUCUUGUCAAGGUCCUGUGUGUCAGCCCAUCUUUGGGAUGCAGGUGUUUGCAGUGGGUACAGGGCUGUGGCGUGGGAUCGGGAGUGGAGGUGGACGGUGUGUUUCAGAGGAGGCUUUGCUGCUUUGCCAUGCUCAUUUGGGGGAAGAAAAUAAUUAAAAGUAAUAAUCCUGCUGCUCUGUUUGCCUGUCUGUCCCUCUUCCUGCUGCCCCCCUCGCACCCCUGAUGGUGGCUCAUUGCUGUAGCCCUUGGGGUCCCUCGAGUUUUGGCAACUACUCGUCUUGUUUGGGACUGGUCGACUGUACUGUAACAAAAUGAUGCGUUAACCUCAGAAUCCUGCCAUGUGUCCGUACACGUUCCACAUGGCAGUGCAGAGGGGGCCUUCUAGCUGUUAAUGCCUUUCCAGUUAUUUUAUCAAAAGGAAAAAAAAAGAAAAAGGAAAAAAAAGGAAACUUGUAAAUGUAGCAAGCUGUGUUUGCAAUGCUUAUUUUCUCCUGUCUCCUCUGAGACUGGUUAUGUCACUUUGUCACUGUUUUGAAAUGGAUGGUAGGCUCUUUUAAGAGAGGGUUGCUACACUUGAUGUUAAAUGUCUCGCUGACUCUUAUUUUUUUUUUUUCUUUUAAAAGUUUCAAUACGAAUAAUAGAUGAAUGACUUUUUAUUUUUUAAAGAAAAUGUUCAUCUCUGUGGCGUGGAGCGGGGGGCUGGAGGGCAGCGUUUCAAUGAGUAGUUUACAGUUUCACUUUCUGCAGACACUUGAACAUAGGACCGAUGUAUCUGUGACAAGCACAUCCCCUCGGUGGGACGCUCUGGAGGAGCCGGGAGCGCCCUGGGCACCAACACCAGCCCCUGCGGGGACAUACUGGGGUCAGCCGUGUGUCCCCACGCUGUCCCCUGGGCUUGCUGUCCCAGUGCCAGCGCCGUGUGGGGGCUGCUUGGCACCACGGGGACCCUCCAGCCUCCCCGGGGCAGCCCCCUUGUCCUCUCCCAGCCCUUCCCCGUCCCGUUGGGGUCAGAAACCUUUGGAUCUGCGGCUCGGAACCCCCUGCUGAGCUGCGCCCCGGCGAGGGUGGCCCUCUGGAGCAAAAGGGGUGAUGGUUCGAUGUGCUGGCCCUUCUCAAACCCUGUGUGUCCCAACCUCAACCUUCUUGUUUCCCAAAACUAGAAAGUGUGUGCAACCUUCUUCAGCUGCAUUUAUCGUAGAGACAAACUUAAAAUGACUCAUCACAAGACCAUGUAUCACUUGGGAGGAAAAUCUUGUUAAUAUGGCCCGCUGUACAUGAUCCAUCUUCUGUUGAUAGUACAUAAUCUUUGACUCAUGUGCUAGGAUCAUCAUCACAUAUAAAAGGAAAAGAGAAAAAUGUAAAAUACUUGAAUGAGAGCUUGUAUUAUAACAUUAAUAUUAUUCAGAGUAUCUGCUUUCUAGGCUGAUGUGAUUCAUUAUUCUAGUAAUGCUUUAGUCCUUUGUAAUUUGUGGUAAUUAUGCUUUUUCCUUUUUAAUACAAAAAAAAAUGUAUAAAAAUAAAAACUUCAAAAGACAA